GAACUCAGGAGAGCAUUCCACAUUGGCUGGGAUGGAUGUCACACACAGCCACCCCUCUGCGAGAGCUCGUCUUGCCUUUCCUCAAACUAACAAAACUUCAGGAGGGGAGAAUGUUGAUGAAUUACAUACAAGAGACAAGGAAAGGCAACAUCUGUUACAUCCAGCACGGAGGGGAUCGUUCUUACAAAGGUUCUCACUCACCCACACCAAGCCUAUAAUUAGACGCCGUGUGGGCAGGUCUGCACCUACUGCCGUGGGACUGAUUCCAAGUGAAAAAGGGCAGCAGCCACCGGGAUUUGACAGGAGCUGGCUGAGCAGAGCCUGCAGAGCACCAGCCCCUCCUGCACUCACUCUGCAUAAAGCUCUCCAAUUUUUGUUAAAGAAAACAGCAACUAUCUUUGCAUCCUGGUAGUGUCACCAGAAAAAGAGAUAACAAGGGUUAUAAGAGAAUGGUGGUUGGAAUGUGGAUUGUUGCAUUUUAUCUCCUUGGCAGAGUAGCAGGUAAAGAAGUUUGCUACCCCAGGCUUGGCUGUUUUACAGAUGACCCACCCUGGUCUGGGAUACCAGGGAGGCUUCUGACAGGUUUGCCAGAUUCUCCAGAAGAGAUGAACAUCACCUUCUCUCUCUACACCAGAGAAACAGGAAACAACUCACAGGUGAUCUCGGCAAUCAACUCCUCGACCAUCCAGAAGUCACAUUUUUCCUCACAUAGGAAAACCUCCUUCAUCAUUCAUGGAUUUGGCAGCACUGGAAAAACAGGCUGGGUGGUAGAAAUGUGCUUGGUGUUACUGGAGGUGGAGAACAUCAACUGCAUCGCUGUGGAUUGGGAAGAGGGGGCAAAAGGCACCUACGCCAGAGCAGUGAACAACCUCCGUGUGCUGGGGGCUGAGAUUGCCUAUUUCAUAGCCACCCUGCAGAAAAUGUUCAGGUACUCCCCUUACGAAAUCCAUUUAAUUGGCCACAGUCUGGGAGCACACACGGCCGGAGAAGCGGGAAGAAGGAUCCGCGGCAUCAGGCGGAUAACAGGUUUAGACCCUGCUGGGCCCUAUUUUGAAGGCACUCCUCCCCUGGUGAGGCUGGACCCUACAGAUGCUCUCUUUGUUGAUGUUAUACACAGCAAUGCUGCUCACUUUCCUGUGGCAGGGCUGGGAAUGUACAACACCACUGGGCACCUGGACUUUUACCCAAAUGGAGGAACUGAGAUGCCUGGAUGCACUAAUUUAAUCCCACAGAUGAAACAAAGGGAUUUUGAAGCCAUCAUUCCAGCAGACACUACACUCUUCGGGAGUUGCCACCACUCCCGCAGCCACGAGUUUUACUCUGCAAGCAUCCUCGAACCCGACGGGUUCCUCGCCUUUCCCUGUGACUCAUACGAAGACUACAAGAAAGGAAUGUGUUUCCCCUGCCCAGAGGAGGGAUGUCCAAUGAUGGGCCACUAUGCUGACAGAUUCCCAGAAAAAUUGAAGAGGGUAGACCAGAAGUAUUUUUUAAACACAGCAGCAGAUGUACCUUUUGCUGCUUGGAGACAAAAAGUAUUUAUCAAAUUGUCUGGUGUAAAGAAAACGAGGGGAGAUAUAAACUUGGUUUACUAUGACACACAGGGGAACUCAAAAGAAUAUGAAGUUGCCAGUGGAGACCUCUCCCAAGAUGAUAUCUACACAGAGUACCUUGAUGUUGAAAUCAACCCCAAAAAUACUACAAAAAUUGAAUUUCUCUGGAAUAAAGCCAUAUUCUCUCUGCUCUGGGCAAGGCUGGGAGCAGAAACAGUCAAUAUAAUACAUGGAGCAGAUGGACAUAGGUCAACUUUUUGUGGCCGUGGAACUGUGGCAUAUGGAGAUCCUCAGUUACUUACACCUUGCUAGAGGUCCCCAAGGUCUGUACACAGCAGCUGAGUAAACCCUCAGGCUUGUGCAUGGAAAUCUUGGCAAAAAAACCACAAU